AUGAGUCAGCAUCCAGAACCACCGGGUGACCCAGUAAGCCUUGCAACAAAGGCUAUGGAGCAAGCGUCAUCGUCCAUCCAGACCUUUAAACCUCUUAACAAGAUUCAUGAACACGUUCAGGGCUAUCAUUUUUACAGGCGAGCAAAGACCAAAGACGCGGAAUUGAAAGCCCACCAUUAUUGCAGUCAUUUGAAAGAACAAGUCCGUCAGUGCGUUAUCUACGAUUCCGAUGCUGACGAUGCUCGACUUAUUGGAGUUGAAUACAUCAUUUCGGCUGAUUUGUUCGACAAAUUGCCUGACGAUGAAAAGCUGUUUUGGCAUUCGCAUGUCAUGGAAGUUAAAUCUGGCGUCCUUAUUUGUCCACUAGCAGCAGGUGUCCCAAAGACUAUUGGGGAUAACGCCGAGAUGAAAUAUAUGGAGGAACUGAUCGAUACAUAUGGAAAGACCUGGCAUUUCUGGCAAGUUGAUCGUGGCGAUGAGUUGCCAUUCGGGCCUCCAAAAUUAAUGAUGUCGAUCGUGGAAGAGUCGCAAGUUGAUCCGAAAUUGAUCGAGGCACGUGACAAGCACUACAAGAUAUCAACAGCGGAGAAGAAAAAGCAACGGGAGCAUUUGCAACCAAAACGUAAGGUCGAUCCCAAAGCUGAUCAUUGGAUACACAGAGAUGAUGGAAAGACUUAUAGACCGGAGAUGGUUUGGGGACCAAAGAAGUAG